CUCCCAAGCUGCGAUGCAGGCUGCGCGGGGAGGCAUCGACUCUACCUAUAAAUUGAACGACCUGUUCCCAUCAACGAACAAGUACUCCUCGUGUUCUACCAGACAAAGAUCUACUCGGAAUCAAUCGACGCUCCAUCAUGAAUACUCUGACCCUGGUGUCAAUUUUGGCGUCUCUCGCCUCGGUGGCGGUUGGGUCUCCGCAGUGGUACGGAGCACCUCACGGAGGAUACGCGGGUUCCGCGGUUCCAGCUCCACUUGGUCCGGAUGGCCGAGUGGUGGACACACCGGAAGUAGCCCAGCUGAAGGCCGCCCACUUGAGCGCUUUGGCCGAAGCUAACGCUCGCGCUCCGAAGGGACUAAUUGGAGGACCAUCUGGGCCGUACGCGGGCCCGGACGGCGGGUACGCCGCGGCAAAUUACGUCGCUCACUACAGCGGACCCCCGGCGCCUCUUGGGCCUGACGGACGAGUCAUAGACACGCCGGAAGUGCAGCAGGCCAAAGCCGUCCAUUUCUCUCUUUACAACGCCCAGGCCCAACGAGUUCCGGCUGGUCCAGCUGAGCCCGCAACCCCCGACGCAUGGAACGCGGGUAACGGAGUGUGGAAUGGAGGCUGGAAUGGGGCCCACGAACAGUACUAGGCGCUCGGUACUUAACGAUCACUCUCAAAACGUCAAUCGCCUGUUUGUCGCAAUUGUUAGAAAAAAUUACGAACAAAUUUAAAACGUCAUGCGAUUAUCUAUUUUGCUCUUGUUUGUUUUUUUCCAUUAUAAUCACUCAUUCAACUUACAUGUUACCAUAUACAUGUAACGAUUAGUGGCAAACAAGCGAAUGGACAUCUUUCAUGGAUCUCUUAUUAUACGUAUAUAGGUAUGUGUCGCCUUGAUCAUUCUUUGCGGAAUCUGUCAACCCGCGGGAUUCUCGAGGUGAUCGACAAGUUUUGCCAGAAAUCGAACACAUCCUUCAAUAUUUCUGUAAAAAUACUCUAUACUCAUUCAUUUUAUAUCGUAUUUUAUCCAUCAAUUUAUACUGU